AUGGACACCAUCAUCAACCUCCUCAACCGCCUCCUCCUCGUCCUCCGCCUCACCAAAUCCCCCCCUCUCGCCGCUCCUCCCAACCAACCCGAACCCAACCGCAUCUUCACGCUCUUCCCCCUCCUCCCCCCCGAACUCCGCCUCCAAAUCUGGGCCCUCACCCUCCCCACCCGCAUCCUCCGCACCGGCACCCUCACCACCGCCUACAACAACGUCCAACUCCGCUCCCACCUCUCCCAAUACCACCACUCCAUCCUCACCGAACAAAUCCUCCGCGCCUUUCUCUCCAACUGUGCCCUGCGCUCCCGCCGGGUUAUUGAGUCUGUCUGUCCCGAGGCAAGGGAGGUUUCGGUGCGUGGGAGGAGGGCGGUAGGGGAGGUUGGGUUGGGGUGGUUGGUGGUGAGAGGGGGAAAGGGGGAUGAGUGGUUGGAUCCGAGAACUGACAUCUUGCUCAUCGAUAGCGACAUCCAGCGCGAUGAAAACCGGGAGUUUUGGAAGGGGUUGUGGGGGGCGUUGGGGAGUGAGGCGUUCAGGGGAAACAGCUUCACGAUUGGGUUUACGUUUCAUUAUAUGGAGCAUUUUCACGCGCCGGAUGCGGAGGGGGAUAACCGGCCGUUUUGGGAGGUGCCGCGGACGGGGCUGGUGAGGGGGUAUAAGAAAAGCACGUGGCCGGUGGUGAUGGGGCAGAUGAGUGUUUUGGACACGCGGGAGGGGGCGAUGGAGUUGGGGGUGUAUGGGUUGUUGGCGGACGCGCAGUCGGUGAUGUUGGAUUUGUUUGAGGACGGGUGGGUUGGGAAGGUGGAGGAGGCUAGGCUGGUGCCGCAGGCGGGGGUGUUUUCGGUGGAGAGGGUGAGGGAGUUGAGGAGGAAGUGGAUGGAGGAGUGGGAGACGGUAGCGAUGUUUAGUUUGUUUUUGGGGUUUGAGGGGGAUCCGGUGGAGUGGAAGAGGGAUGGCACGGGGCCGUAUCCGGUUUUUCUUUUGGAGUGGAAUAACUGGAUCUAG